AGUGGAUGCAGCGUUCGCUAGUCAGGAACGAACCAGUGGAGUUGUCUCUCUUUCUGCCGGCUCUCCUUUCCGAAUCCGCUGCCAUCCCUCCCAUCAGGGGUCUUCUCUGUGAGAAUCAAUCAGCACUGGCUGCGAGUUCCCAACUCGGACUAUCGACGGCUAAAUCCCGAAUCAUUCGAGUUUCAGAUGGACUCAAAACUAGUAUCCCAGGCCAGGGGGCAGCGAGGAGUACCGGAAGCGUGGUGCGUGUGAAACGAAGAGAGACAAAGAACUCAGGAACCGAAGCCAAUCCAGUGUCCUGCUCCUCACGCCGCUGCGGUUAGUGAGUUCACUAGAGCAGGGCGUAUUCUCGGCCAAGCAACGCACACUGGCGAUCGUCGCUCGAAAAGGAGUCAGGCACACACCGACCGGGCCUCAGCCAGGCGCCGCCAGCGCAACAAUGGAUGCGCUGGCGAGUAACGUGGCCGGGUGAUUUGUUUACCGACUGACGGCGUGUCGACGUGAACAAUGGCCGGUCACAUUCUCAAUGUGCCCCAGGCCAAUAGGCAGGCGAGACGUGCCCCUUGCGACUCGUCAAGCAAUUUUUCCGGGGCAGCGCUCGUGAGGGUUCGAGUUUGACUGGUUGGGUCCAAACGGGACCCUCUGGCACUCUGGGGCUCAUAUUUAGUCGACCCCC